CUCCUCUUGUCUGUCUACAAAGUGACUUUCGAAAUCUCCCUUCCCAUCCGAGUCUUGUAUUACGUUCCAUCCUCCCUGAGAACAAGUCCCCGACAAACAUGUCUUACAACGACGACGACAACGACACUCAACGCCGAGGCUAUGGCUCCAAUGACGGUAGCGGUGACAGCUAUGGCUCUUCUCGACAAGACGAUAGCGGGUACGGCGGUUACGGCGGUGGCGGUGAUAGUUACGGUUCAAGCGAUCGCACCGGCACCGGCUCCGGCACUGGCUUCGGCGGUGGAGACGAUAACUUCGCCGGUACUGGUACUGGUACUGGUGGUAGAGGCGACUCUUCUGGAUAUGGUCAGGACGAUCAAACCACCAGUGAUGGUGUAGGAGGUAGUGGCGGCGAUGCUUAUGGAUCCUCUCGUGGGGUCGGAGACGAUGAUAGUUAUGGCUCUAGUCGAUCAACAGGGCAAGGUUAUGGUGGUGGUGGUAGCGGCUAUGGUGAUGAUAGUGGGAUUGGCUCUGGAACUGGAUCUGGGAACACAAGACAAGGUUAUGGAGAUGAUGAUAAUAUCUCAUCUGGUCGAGGAGCCGGUGGUGGAGUAGGAGGGUCAGGAGGAGGAUUCGGUGGUGACGAUGAUAUCAAUACCUCUGGUGGUGGACGUACCGGAGGAGGAUAUGGCGGCAACGAUGAUUCCUACGGUAGUUCCACCGGUACCACUGGAUAUAGUGGUGGCGGCAAUGAUGACGACAAUACGGGCUAUGGCGGUGGCGGAGCCACAUCUGGACGCACAGCACAGGGCGACGAUGGCUACGGUGGCAGCGGCACCGGCGGUGACAACAGUAACGAUUCCACGGCAGGAAAAUUGCUCGAAAAGGCUGGAGGGCUUUUCAAUAGUGAUAAGUUACAGCAACGAGGGGCUGAGAAACGUCGUGAGGCUGGGUCGGAUGAUUAUUGAUUCAUCAGAUUUGAAUUCUUCGAUCAAUAAAGGGAUUGACGAAUUCGCACGACGACUAUUGAGCUCUUUCAUUUCGUCUGGUCAAACACAUAUAUGGGUAUAAUGCCACGAGACCUCAGCCAAGAUCAUGAAAACAUCUUUCCUUUCCA